AUGUCAACUCAUAGUGAUAGUGAUAAUUCAUCAACAUUACAAUGUCGAAUUCAAUAUCUCGAUGAUAUUGAUCCAUUUUCAAGUGUUAAUCUACCUGAACCAGCUCGUCCUCCAUCUUUUACAUUUUUAACAUCAGCUGUUUUAAGUAAUCAAUUAAAUAGUAUACAUAAAAUUCUCAAUGCACCACAUAAUAUUGCUGAUUGUACACUUGAAUUAUAUCGACAAGAUGGAACUAGAACAGAAUUUGGACCUUAUCUUGAUUUAGAUCAAACACUUGAUGAACAACGUGAAGAUAUUGAAGCUUUUACAGAAGGAUAUAAAUGGUCAAUUGUUCUUCGUACUCAUCUAAAUGUUCGAGUUCAUGCUUGUAUAGAUAAACUAUUGAAUUCGGAUGGACGUGAAUUACGACGAUCACUUUUUUCAUUAAAACAAAUUUUUCAAGAUGAUAAAGAUCUUGUACAUGAAUUUGUUAAUAAUGAAGGUUUACAAUGUUUGGUUAAAAUAGGUGGAGCAAAUGAUCAAAAUUAUCAAAACUAUAUUUUACGAGCACUUGGUCAAUUAAUGUUAUAUGUUGAUGGAAUGAAUGCUGUGAUAGAUCAAAAUGAAGUUAUUCAAUGGCUUUAUUCACUAGUUGAAUCAAGUUUUCGACUUGUUGUUAAAACAAGUUUAAAACUUCUGAUUAUAUUUGCUGAAUAUAUAGAUUCAAAUGCUUUAUUAAUUUUAUCAGCUGUAUCAGUAGUUGAUCGAUCAUCAAAACAUUUAUUAUGGUCAAAUGCAAUGAAAAUAUUAAAUGAAAUGGAUAAUUCAUCAUCAGAAGUUGUUUUAUUAAUCAUUACAUUAUUUAAUACAAUUAUAUCAGCUAUACCUGAUCAAGACACAUUUUAUGACAUGACAGAUGCAUUAGAGAAACAAGGAAUGCAUCGAUGCACACAAUUUUUUCUAAAUAAAAAACCAGCUGAAGAAGAUCUUAUUGAACAAUUUAAUAUCUAUGAUACUGUUCUUCGUCGUGAAGAUGGUGAAGAUGAUGAAAUAGUUGCUCAAUCAACAAGACGUGCACCACGUAAAAAGUCCCUUAUGAAUCGAACAACUUCACAUCGUUAUUCAUCUGUUGAUUCAAAUUAUAUGCAUGAUAACCAUCAACAAGAAUCUAUGUUAACACAUGAUAAUAAACAAAAUAUUUUUCAAAAUCAUAUGGAUUUAACCGAUUCAGUAUUUCGACAAUAUGAUGAUGUGAUCAGUUCAUCGAAUGGACAAGAUGAUUCAACCGUAUCAUUCAAUGAUGAUAUAGAUGGCGAUGAUGAUAAUGAUGAGCAAACAAUACGAGUUAAAAGUUUGAUUGAAAAUAGACAAAGUAUGCGACGAAGUUCAUCAAAUACAUUUCAACCAAUUUCAACAUUCCAUAAAAAAGAUCAAGAUGUACCGAAACCAUCAUCAGAUUGUGUUAUGUUUCGUCGAAGGCAAACUCAGUGGGAAACAGAAAUUUUACAACGUGAAGUACCACGAACAACAGUAAACGAACGUGCUCGUGAUCGUCCGGAAAUAUUAAAUGAUAGUCAAAUUCCAUCGAUUGAAACGAAUCGAUCAACAACAACUUCACUGAUAAAACCAUCAGCAUCCGGUACUAAUCAUACUGUUCCGUCCAGUCGUUUUACACGACUAUCUGCUAAUAUUGAAACUGUAUCACCACCACCACCUCGUACACCUGAAGUACAAGUAUUUUCUCGUGCUCCAUUAAAUAUUCAAAGAAAUUCAAAUAAUCAAGGUACUAUUGAAGCAUUAGCUCGUCAAAUAAAUAUGCAAACAAUAAAUGGAAAUGAUAUAUCAUCAACAAAUAAUCAAUCAAAUGCAGUUGUUAAAGAUCCGAAAUUAAUAUCAUCACCAGAGCUUAUUGGUGCAGUUACACGAGCAAAAGAUGGUUUACAAGCAGCAGCAACAAAAUCACCACAAUGUGCGAUCACUAAUUUUAUUCUACCUGCUCCAUCACCUGAACCAUUAGUACCAAAACCUAUAUUAGAUAAUGAUCUUCAAUGGGAUUAUAUUGUCAGCAAAGUAUUGGAUCGGAAAUUAUGUGUACAAGAUCUUAAUUUUGAAGAAUUAGAUGCACAAGAUGAUACAAAUAUUAUGUCUUUAGCUAUGAAUCGACCAGGACCACCUCCACCACCACCUCUCAUGAUAAAUGGUAAUGGACCUCCUCCUCCACCACCACCGCCACCACUACCACCGAUGAUGCCUGGCGAUCUACCUCCACCACCUCCACCAUUUCCACCAAGAAAUAUAGGACCGUUACAACCAACUAUGUACAAUGGUAAUCUUGAUGGAGAUUCAUCAUUAUCAAAAACAUCCUUAAUUAAUAAACCUGUAAAAACUAUACAUUUACAUUGGCGUGAAGUUACUACAAAUACACUUUCAAAUACACCAGUUUCAAAUGAUUCUCUUUGGGCAUCAUUAAAUAAAGUCAAACUAGAUACUGAAAAAUUAGCAACAUUAUUUGAAUUGAAACAUACUGAUGUGAAAAUAAAGAAAACUGGUAAUACAAAAAAAGAAAUUACUGUACUUGAUCCAAAACGUUCAAAUGCAAUUAAUAUUGGCCUUACAGUUUUACCAACAGCACGAACAAUUAAAGGAGCAAUUUUAAAAAUGGAUAGUAGUGUUAUUAAUAAAGAAGGCAUUGAGAAAUUAUUAACAAUGCUUCCAACAGAAGAAGAAAAAAAUCGUAUUAUUGAAGCACAAAUGGCUAAUACUGAUCUUCCAUUAGGCACUGCUGAACAGUUUUUAUUAACACUUGCAUCCGUUGUUGAAUUAGAAGCUCGCUUAAAAUUAUGGUUAUUUAAACUUGAUUUUGAUAAUAUUGAAUUGGAAAUUGCCGAACCAUUAAUGGAUUUAAAAAAUGGAAUGAAAAAUUUGAAAGAGAAUAUGACACUUCGACAUAUACUUGAAGUUUUACUUAGUGUUGGAAAUUUUCUUAAUGGAGCUGAAUCUCUUGGUUUUCAACUUGAUUAUCUUGCUAAAGUUCCUGAAGUUAAAGAUACUAUUCAAAAACAUUCAUUACUCUUUCAUGUGUGCAAUAUUGUCGUUGAUAAAUAUCCUGAUACAAGUGAUUUCUAUUCAGAAAUUGGUGAAAUAACACGAUGUUCUAAAAUUGAUUUUGAUGAACUUGAACAAAAAUUAAAUAAACUUGAAAAUGAUUGUCGAGCUGCAUUUGAUUAUUUAAAAGCUAUUGCUAAACAUGAAACACCACAAAUUAAAACAAAACUAACAGAAUUUCUUAGUGAUUGUGCUGAACGUGUUUGUUUAUUGCGAGUUAUCCAUCGUCGUGUAGUAAAUCGUUUUCAAAAAUUUCUUCUUUGGCUUGGUUAUCAACGUAGUGCAGUACAAGAAACGAAAAUCACACAUUUUUGUAAAAUUCUUAGUGAAUUUGCAUUAGAAUAUCGAACAACACGUGAACGUAUAACAACACAGAAGCAAAAAAAACAAAAUCGUGGUGAACGAAAUAAAACAAGAGGCAAAUUAAUUACUGAGAUUCUUUCAGAAAAAAACAGUCCACUUAAAGAUGCUUUAAUGCAUAGCCUUCGACCAGAUGAUGAACUUGGACUUCGUCGUCGAUCAUCUAAGGAAAAAGCUUAUUCAGCAUAUCUUCCACAAGAUUUCGAUAUUAGACAAUCACUUCUUGCUUCAGAUAGAAAUUUUAAACAACAAAUACAACCGAAAAUUGCUCAACCGACAAAUAUGUUAAGUGAUUUAGCUGCUGUUGUAAGAAGUUCAUCAAAAGAUGGUCAACUUAUGCCUGGCCAUCGAGCACGACAUAAAGCAUCCACUAAUAAUUUAUAUAAACCAUCAGCGGCACCAUCUUCAUCGGAAUUACCACCAAAAGAAUCGACGAAUUCAAAUGAACCUGAAAUACUUGAUACAAGUGAUGAAUUACUUGAUAAUCUUGUGAAAAAUGCUGCAUUAGCAUCGAACAAAGAUGUGAUAAAACAACGUAGAAUUGCUCGAUAUGCACAACGGCAGUCAUUACGUCGAACACUUCAAAUAAAUUUGAAUGAUGAAGAACGAGCUGAAAUAUUUGGUGCUGGAAACAACUAA